GUCAUUUCCUUUAGUGAGCGGUGCUGAACGGUCCAUUUUUCUUAGGGUCUGCCAAACUCUUAGAAUGAAGGAGGUAAAGAGCGAACGGGAGCGGGGGAGCCGGCGAAGGCACCGUGACGGGGACCUGGGAAUGCCAGCGGCAUCGGUAGUGGUGAAGCAGGAGCGUCUCAGCCCAGAACCUGCUCCUGCAGUCCACCGUCGACCGGACUUUUCCGGCGGUAGCCCGUCACCGCCGGCGGGAGAGUCUGGCCGCCCUGGCCACCGCAGCAGCCGAGCCCGAGGAGGUAGCCGGUCCCCGGCCAAAAAGAAAAUCAAAUCGUCGGGGAGAAGAAGCAAAUCUCCUAGGAGUAAAAGAAGCCGAAGUCCUCACCAUUCAACAGUCAAAGUGAAAGAGGAACACGAGGAUCACCCCCGGAGAGGGCGGGAGGAUCGGCAGCACCGUGAACCAUCCAGUCAGGAACACAGGAGGGCUAGGAACAGUGACCGAGACAGACACCGGGGUCAUUCCCGCCAGAGGAGAAGCUCUGGUGAGAGGCCUGGGAGCGGGCCAUCUCAGGGACGGGAGCGAGAUGGCCAGAGCCUGCAGGCGCAGGAAGAACAGCGUGAGUUUUACAAUGCCAGGCGCCGGGAGCACCGCCAGAAGAGCGAAGGCAGCGGAAACGGCAGUGGUGCUCAGGAGUUGGUGCCGCGGCCUGCUGGCAACAACAAAGACAGAGAGGUGCCUGUUAAAGAAAAACCAAGCUUUGAACUCUCUGGGGCACUUCUUGAGGACACUAACACCUUUCGAGGUGUAGUCAUUAAGUACAGUGAGCCCCCAGAAGCUCGUAUCCCCAAAAAACGGUGGCGUCUCUACCCUUUUAAGAAUGACGAGGUACUCCCUGUCAUGUACAUCCAUCGACAAAGUGCUUACCUUCUGGGUCGGCACCGCCGCAUUGCAGACAUUCCCAUCGAUCAUCCAUCGUGUUCAAAGCAGCAUGCCGUCUUUCAGUACCGGCUUGUGGAAUAUACUCGUGCCGAUGGUACCGUUGGCCGAAGGGUGAAGCCCUACAUCAUUGACUUGGGCUCAGGCAAUGGAACUUUCCUGAACAACAAGCGUAUUGAGCCACAGAGAUACUAUGAACUAAAAGAAAAGGAUGUACUUAAAUUUGGGUUCAGCAGUAGAGAGUAUGUCCUGCUACACGAGUCAUCAGACACCUCUGAACUAGACAGGAAGGACGAUGAGGAUGACUACGAGGAGGAGGUAGUUUCUGACAGUUAGCAAACUAAGAACCCAGACUCCUGAGACACCUUUUCCUUCGUGGGACACUUUGGGAUCGACGCCGAGAGCACUGUGCUGCUCUCUGUAAUGCCUCCUACUGCCUUAAGUCUUUCUUCUGUUGCCAACCAGCUUACAUUACAGAUGAAGAACACUGACUUACAUUUCAUUGGACUUUUUCUGUGGCACGUCGGCCACAUGCCUGUGGGUAUUUUGUUUUCAGAUCUGCUACUGAGGAAACUAAACCCGUGCUUACAGGGGAAUUGUGGCUUGUUCUCUUUGUACAGUUGCUUUAUUUAUAUAGUUACUAAGACCAAGAGUUUUUGUUUGGGGGGGGCAAAGCCCUGAGCAGAGGAUCUUACUAAGCUUUGGUGGUCACCAAAACAGCCUCCAGCAUAUACCAAAGCUUCAUCCUGGUUGAGCUCUUGAGUCAUACAAGUUGAUUUGCACUUAGUUUUUGUUUUUUUGUUUUGGGGUUCUUGGGGGGUACUACAUGACCUCAUUAUUGACUGUUAAACGAUGCUUUAUGGCACCUGCUGAAGCACAUGACUAUAUAGGAAAGUCAUGGCUAAUAAUAAGGGUGCUGGUUCAAUAUCAUGAGAGGAUGAAAUGGGUUGUGGAUCUGCUUCCUAUGAGAAAAUUUCUGAUUUCUCCAUGGAACAUGUACAUAAAAUUUUCAUCAUCUUGUCUUUUUUUUUUUUUUUUUUUUUUGGUUUUACAUUUUUAUCAAAACGUUUAUCCUUUUUUUCCCCCUUUGAGAGAUACACUGUCACUUAACCUGACAGGGUCCUACUUUAUUCUUACGUGUAUAUAUGUCUAAAGAACAUUAUCUAUCGUAUCUAUUUCAUCUUUAAAAAUUGUUCAGAAAGGUGUUUACCUCCCAAGGCUGGAAAGCAAGGGGACUGCGAGUUUCCAAGUGUUUCACUAUAGGACAGUGUGUAAGUAGAAAAGUAUUAACUACUUACAUAACAUACAUGUGUAUAUAUAUAUAAACUAUGUGUUAAAGAGCUGCAUACUGAUUUUCAUAUAAUGUUUUGUGAUAAAAAUGUAAUACCACAUGGGCCUCCCUGCAUUUGAAGAGCAGGUUUUCAUUUAUAUGUAUUUUUGGGAUAAAAAUAAAAUUUGUAAAUAUAACCCCA